AAGCCGCUGUUCUCCGGCUCUCAGCAUUCUUUCUUUAGCUGUGAACACAGAGAAGACAGAGACGCUAAAAUGGCCAGAACCAAGCAGACCGCCCGUAAAUCCACCGGAGGAAAAGCUCCCAGGAAGCAGCUGGCCACCAAGGCUGCCCGUAAGAGCGCCCCGGCCACCGGCGGAGUGAAGAAGCCUCACCGUUACAGGCCCGGUACCGUGGCUCUGAGAGAGAUCCGUCGCUACCAGAAGUCCACCGAGCUGCUCAUCCGCAAGCUGCCCUUCCAGCGCCUGGUGAGGGAGAUCGCUCAGGACUUCAAGACCGACCUGCGCUUCCAGAGCUCCGCCGUCAUGGCUCUGCAGGAGGCCAGCGAGGCUUACCUGGUCGGCCUCUUCGAGGACACCAACCUGUGUGCCAUCCACGCAAUGUCUGGAAGAGGAAAAGGCGGGAAGGGACUCGGGAAAGGAGGCGCCAAGCGUCACCGUAAAGUUCUCCGUGAUAACAUCCAGGGCAUCACCAAGCCCGCCAUCCGCCGUCUGGCUCGCCGCGGCGGAGUGAAGCGUAUCUCCGGUCUUAUCUACGAGGAGACCCGCGGUGUGCUCAAGGUCUUCCUGGAGAACGUCAUCCGUGACGCCGUCACCUACACCGAGCACGCCAAGAGGAAGACUGUGACCGCCAUGGAUGUGGUGUACGCUCUGAAGAGACAGGGCCGCACCCUGUACGGCUUCGGAGGCUAAAUUACCCGGAUCAACGACGACAACAACACAACGGCUCUUUUAAGAGCCACUCACUGGUCCUUAAAGAGCUCACUUCCUCUCUUCAUUAUCUUUGUUGAAAAUAUGAACUAGUUCCAUCAGAAGGAUUUGAUAUGGUGUAUGAAUAUUAUUUAAGCAUGUUGUACUCUUCAAACAAUUUUUUUCUACUGUUAACUACAAGAUAAUUACAAUCAAAUGUAAUUGACAUUACUGGUCUCAUUUAAUCUAUUUAUAUUUAUCUGAUGGGUUAGUGGUGCUCACUGUAUUGCAUGUACACCUACAAAGAACUUGGUCAAACAUUAAUUUACCAAUCUUUUAAUUACU